AUGCCCUUGGUGGCGCUGUCGGAUGAGGCCAAUGGAUCCUGCAAGUACACUGUCUCGGUUAACGGUGCGCGCAUGAUGUUACAACCACUACUGGGAAGCAGCACGUCCACGACCACCAAGCCGUUUCCUUUCAUGCGACUACCGACCGAGCUACGCGAGGUCAUCUAUGAUAUGGUCAUGACAUUUCCGAAGAGUGGUAUUAGCCUACCACCGCACCGUGGUGGCCGCCCACUCGAAGUCUUCUCGAGAGACCAUAAGACGGAGACAUGCAUUCAACAGCCCACCAGGAUGUACCUCAUGCUCGAAGCCAACCCUAUGGAGUACUACCUGGACAUCCUGCUCGUCAAUCGACAGAUUCACCAAGAAGCAUUGCCGAUAUUCUACAAGCGUAACAAAUUUUUGUUCUCAGAUCAAGCGAUUAUGGAAAGCAGGCUCCAAGUUUUGGCCGUGGAGCGCCGCAACCACAUUGAGCACAUUUCCUUCGCGUGGAAUCGCACCAGCAAGACACAGGCAGAGAGGUGCUUCAAGCGUCUCCGCGCGAUGCCUUACCUGCGCCAUCUCGACAUCCACAUCAACGAGAAGCAGUGGCUCGAAGCCGUUCAAGGCUCGAAGCCGUUUGACAACAGCAAGAUACACGGUUUCAACGCCCUCAAAGCUAUUCGAGGGCUGGAGACCGUGAACUUCUACGGAGACUGUGAUAACGUUGAGCGUGCACUAGCAAAUGUGCUCACACAGGCGAAGAGCGAGAAGCAGAAGCAGAAGAUCGGCAAGAAGCGCAAGGCACCGAAGGAGGUGGAAGAUCAUAAAGAGUUGGAGAAACAACAAGAGGGAUCACGAAAGACCAGAAGCACAACAAGGGCGAGCAUCAAGAAAGCAAGUAAGAGCGAUCAGGAGCUUAGAAGUACUGUAGAAGACCAUAUGGUCAGAUUUGCGAAUGCGAACAUCUGCAUCGAAGGCGAAAUGCACAUAUUGGCUGGCAGAUCACGUGGCACCACCGCAGGUUCUGUGAGCGAUCUUUCUUGA